ACCGGUCUCUAUUGAUUAUAUGUUCAUAAAUGCAUUCACUUCCGAUCUCUCCGCCAUAAAUAUACUAUUUUCUAGCUUUAGUUGCUAUCCCCAGUUUUCAAUGGCGUCGUUUCUAUCCACCAUCCGUCGAGUGUACCUCACUCUCUACAACUGGAUCGUCUUUGCUGGAUGGGCUCAGGUUUUGUACUUUGCGGUAAAGACGUUGAAGGAAACUGGACAUGAAAAUGUCUAUGAUGCUGUGGAGAAGCCUCUCCAGCUUGCUCAGACUGCUGCCGUUCUCGAGAUUUUUCAUGGAUUAGUAGGUUUGGUCAGAUCACCUGUUUCUGCAACCUUGCCACAGAUUGGGUCAAGGCUGUUUCUCACUUGGGGCAUCCUAUACAGCUUCCCAGAGGUCCAAUCACAUUUUCUUGUUGCGUCGCUGGUCAUAAGCUGGUCUAUCACGGAGAUCAUUCGUUACUCCUUCUUUGGUCUUAAGGAAGCUCUAGGCUUUGCACCUUCAUGGCACUUGUGGCUCAGAUACAGUAGUUUUUUAGUGCUAUACCCGACCGGUAUCACCAGUGAAGUAGGUCUUAUCUACCUUGCCUUACCACACAUCAAGACGUCUGAGAUGUACAGCGUUAGGAUGCCUAACACAUUGAACUUCUCAUUCGACUUCUUUUAUGCAACGAUACUCGUCCUCGCAAUCUAUGUCCCAGGUAGUCCACACAUGUACAGAUACAUGCUUGGUCAGCGUAAGAGAGCUCUCUCCAAAUCUAAGAAGGAAUAGAGAGGAGACCAGUAGCCCAUCAACUGAUUGUCUUCUCUUGUGUGGUUCUUUCAUUGUACUUCUCUUUGUUACACUUUUAAGUCUUUUCUUUUUCUUUAGUUCCUUGGUGAUUAUUUGAAGUUAUCCAGGUUACUACAAUAUUAAGUUUAAAUGUUUAAUGCAAUGUCUAAAUUAAUACGGAAGUUUUCACGAA